AUGUUGGCUUCAUGCUUCCCACUACAACAAAACCUGGACUUCGAAAACCCCCGCCUCCGCAACGCCUACAUUGCCCUCCAAGCCUUCAAGGACGCCAUCCUCUCCGACCCCAACAACCUCACCGCCACGUGGACCGGCCCCGACCCUUGCCUCUACACCGGCGUCUUCUGCUGGCCCUCCCCCGACAACCCCUGCGAGCGCACCGUCGCCGCCCUCGACCUCAACCACGCGAACCUCGCCGGCCACCUCCCCCACGAGCUCGGCCUCCUCUUCGACCUCGCCGUCUUCCACCUCAACUCCAACCGCUUCUGCGGCAAACUUCCCCAAACCCUCGCCACCCUCACCCGCCUCCACGAGCUCGACCUCAGCAACAACCGCUUCUCGGGACCCUUCCCUUCCCACCUCCUCGACCUCAAAAACCUCAAAUACCUCGACUUGAGGUACAACGAGUUCGACGGCGCCCUCCCGGAAUCCCUCUUUUCCAAAAAUCUCGACGCGGUUUUCGUCAACGACAACCGAUUCUCGUCGACGCUCCCCGAGAAUAUCGGGAGCUCUCGAGUCUCAGUUUUGGUUCUGGCGAACAACGGUUUCGAGGGGUGCUUUCCUUCGGGAAUAGGUGACAUGUGGGCCACGCUGAACGAGCUGGUGGUGACGAACAACGGGCUGUCGUCGUGUUUUCCGAGCGAGAUUGGGAGGCUGAGGAAUCUGACGGUUUUGGAUGUGAGCCGGAAUAGGAUCGUGGGCCCGCUGCCGGGCUCGAUCGCGGAUAUGGGCAGCUUGGCGGAGCUGAACGUGGGGCAUAACUUGAUGUCGGGAGGGAUUCCGUCGGGAAUAUGUGAGUUACCGAGCAUGGUGAAUUUUUUUUACGAGGAUAAUUAUUUCACUAGCCACGGGCCAGAGUGCGUGAGUCUUCCGGGAUUCGACGACGGGAUGAAUUGUUUGAGAGGGAGGCCGGGACAGAGGACUGAGGAGGAUUGCCGGAGGUUCUUGGCCAAGGCGGUUAACUGUAGCAGCUUCGGCUGUGGGGCCACGUCAUCAGCAGUUAAUCCUCCUCCGCUGCCCACACCUGGCGUGGGGCCACCAGUGGGGCAACCGACACCUGGAGUGGGGCCAAGCCCGAGUCCACCGGAAAAGGGCACGCCGCCGUGCUGCCAAUGUGCAAAGUCGCCAUCGGGCAUUUGA